AUGAUCGACUCACAAAUUUUAUCAAAUUUCGCCCUCAAGGGACUCCUACUGGGUCUCAUAGCUUUGAGCUGCAGCGUUCCUGGACUUUGCAUUUGUCGAAUUUUCUUUCACCCCUUAGCCAAGUAUCCCGGUCCCUGGCUGGCAAAGAUCACCACUUUGUAUGCCGGUUAUCAUGCAUGGCGCGGGGACCUGCAUCUUGACAUGUGGAGAUGCCACGAGAAGUACGGUGACUUUGUCCGAUAUGGACCUAAUAGCCUCCUUGUCAACACUGCCGACGGACUUCACGAUAUCUACAGCCAUGGGAAGAACUUCAAAAAGGCCCAACGCUAUGCCGCCAUGGUGCAUAGGGCCCCGAACACAUUGACCGUGAUUGACAAGAAAAAGCAUGGCAAAAAGCGAAGAGUCAUCAGCCAGGGCUUCUCGGAUUCCGCCCUUAAAAACCACGAGGUUGUCAUCCUGGAGCAAAUAAAGCACCUAUGCAACCAGCUGAAGGCAGGACAGGGAGGUAAGCCGGUGCCAGCAGACACCUGGUCUACACCGAAGAAUAUGGGCCGAAUGACCGACUACCUCGCCUUCGACGUCAUGAGCAACAUUAUCUUCGAUUGCCCGUGGUCAACCCUGCGUGACCCCACCUUCCGCUUCGUCCCGGAGGUGAUCGAGAAGUCCAACGUCCGAGUCGGAACCCUAGCUCAAGCGCCCGAGCUCAGCAUUUUCCGUCUCGACAAAUACCUCUUCCCCGAAGCCAUCAAGGCCAGGAACACGUUCAUCAGCUUUGUCGAGGUGAUGCUCACCCAAGGCAUCGAGGCAGCCUCCAAGACAGGCAAGGGUGUCUUCGCACUACUCGCAAAAGCCAAAGACCCAGAGACAGGUCUUCCUCUACGCAACCGAGAACUAGGCGGCGAGAGCGCGACGCUGAUUGUCGCGGGAACCGAUACCUCCUCUACCGCGAUGGCGGCCUGCUUCUUCUACCUAUCGCACAACAGGGCAGCCUACGAGCGCGCAGCGAAUGAAGUUCGCAGUAUCUUCACGUCCCCCGAUGAGAUCCGCAUAGGCCAGCAAAUGAAUCAAUGCGUGUUUCUGCGUGCCUGCAUUGACGAGAGCAUGCGCAUGUCCCCAUCAGCGGCUGGAUCGCUGUGGCGCGAGGCCGAGGAAGCAGGAGCUACUGUGGACGGACAGUAUAUCCCCCCUGGUGUGGAUGUGGGAACGUGCAUCUACAGCAUUCAUCACAAUCCGGCUUAUUACCCUGAGCCGUUCUGCUUCCAGCCCGAGCGGUGGAUCGCGGAUGAGAGUCGUUCGGUACAAGGGGAUGUUGGACGCGCGCGAUCAGCGUUCAAUCCUUUCUCAAUCGGCCCCCGAAGUUGCAUUGGGAAGAGCCUCGCUUAUGUGGAGCUUCAUCUUGUGUUGGCGCGAGUGCUUUGGGAGUUUGAUAUCCGCCUUCCAGAGGGGGAUUUGGGUAAAAUUGGUCAAGGGAAGGUGGGCGCUGAGUUUGGCCGGCAUCGGCUUGAUGAGUAUCAGCUCUAUGACCAUUUGACUGCUGCGAAGGAGGGGCCAUAUUUGGAGUUUUGUCCGCGAAAUUAGGAGUGAAUUUG